AUGGUAGAUGAUGCAAAGAGUUUGAAUGUACCGUAUCUUAACGCAUAUCUUAAUUCCAUUGGAACAAACUUCACACAUGGUGCAAAUUUUGCUGCCGGAGGAGCCACCAUCAGGCUACCAUCCAGUAUUAUACCUAAUGGUUUAUCUAGUCCAUUCUUUCUUGAGGUGCAAUACCUUCAGUUGGUACAAUUCAGACUCAAAUCACAAGUAAUAAAGAAACAAGGUGGUGUAUUUGCAUCGCUGAUGCCAAAGGAUGAAUAUUUUUCAAAGGCUUUGUACACAGUUGAUAUUGGACAUAAUGAUAUUGGAGAUGCAUUUUUGAGUAAUAUGUCAAUUGAACAAGUAAAUUCAUCUGUCCCUGAUAUGAUCAAUCAAUUUUCAGAAAACAUUAAGAACAUAUACAACUUAGGAGGUAGAUCAUUUUGGAUUCAUAAUACUGGACCAAUCGGUUGCCUUCCUUACAUGUUGGCCAAUUUCCCCGGAGAAAAGGACGAAGCCGGCUGCUUGAAACGUUUCAAUGAAGUUUCUCAAUACUUCAACUUUAAGUUGAAUGAGUCAAUUGCUCAACUCAGAUCGGAUUUUCCUUUGGCUGCAUUCAUAUAUGUUGAUGUCUAUUCUGUCAAGUACUCUUUGUUUAGAUCGCCCCACAAAUACGGAUUUGAGUUUCCACUUGUAGCAUGUUGUGGGUAUGGAGGUAAAUACAACUUCAACAAUAGCGGUCAAUGUGGAGAUACAGUGGCAGUAAAUGGCACAAAUAUAGUAGUGAGUUCAUGUGAUGAACCAUCGGUUCGAGUCAUUUGGGACGGAAUUCAUUAUACUGACUCAGCCAAUCAAUUUGUUUUCAAUCAAAUUGCUACAGGACUCUUCUCUCAUCCACCUCUUCCCUUGAAAUUGUCGUGUUGA